CCCGUUUUCUAUGACCAUACAAACAUAUUUCUCUUUAUUUAUUGUGCAUUUCCAACAUAGCCCCUCUCUCCUCCGAUCACCGGAUUCCGGUGACCGGCGUCAACACCACUCAGAUUUCCGGCAACUCAUAAACCCUAAACCAACCCUUCCUUCAUGGAUUCUCACCCCCAGUCUCAGGAACAUGAUCCCACAAAGAAGAAUCGUAUAUUCGCUUUCGUGAUACUUAUUCGAUGGAUUAUCGCAAUUAUAUUACCCUUCAUUUUCCUAUUCUCUGUUCCCUUUCUUUUGGGUUUACUUCUUCUCAUGCUCGCCGAUUUCUCUGUCCCUAACCCCAUUUCUCUCCCUUCACACUGCAGAAUUGUCUCUACUGGUGUUGAUAUUAGAUCAUCUAAGAUUUGUGAACUCGGAUUGUCAAAUUAUAAAGCAAAGGACAUUUUUCGUCAUUUUGAAAGAAGUAAAUUUCGCUGCCGUUAUGAUUACUAUUGGGCUUCAGUAUUCAAGGUGGAAUACAAAGAUCAUUUUUCAGGGCAGAGACAAUUUGCGUUUGCUGAGGCUCCGAGUGAAGCCCUUCCUCUUUAUUGCAGGCCCAAUUUUGGUGCUGCAUGGUUGACACAGUACAAAUUUAAGGUCAAUGAGACUUAUGAUUGCUGGUACACAUCUGGCAUUUCAAAAGUACAUUUAUAUCAAGACAAUCUAUUUGGUUGCCGUGCUGAUGAGCAGUCUACUAUUGAGAAGAUUAUACAAUAUUCUACCCAGGCCAUGGAGAUGAUAAAUUACUGGAUUUCCGAUAUCGGAAGGAGGGUCAAGUAUUGGAGGUGGGAAGUAAUAGUUGGUGUCGUGUCUGGAUUUGCAACAUCUUUGAUCUCCAUAACCUUUAUUAUGUUCCUCAAACUACUGCUAUCUUCAUUGCGUCAAUCUUUUGCAGCAUGGAUACUUUCUUGGCGUGUCAAUGCCGUUCUCAUCAGGCGCACAUGUUUUUUUUUUGCAUACUUAUCUUUUGUGGGUUGGUUAGCUAUUGAAUAUGGGAAGAGGCUUGGUCUUAUGGAUAUUUUUAGAUUACCUAGAUCAUAGCACUUAUUUUGGUGUAGUGCUAUGUAUUUUGGUUGAAUCUCCAUGUAAUGUAUUAUUAUAAUUGGAGCAGAUGACAUUCUUGUCCCAUCUGCGCCAAUAAGGAAGUCAUGUAUAGUUCGAGCGGGAAUUAAAAUGUAAUAGUUCAAUUAAAUAGACUCAGUUCCUGUUAUUACUUCAGGAAAAAGUUCAAGUUCUUAGUUAAAAUAGCAUGUUUAGUAAUAGUGGUUUACAUAGUUGUCUUACAUCAAAUAUGCCCUCUUAAGUUCCUGUUACAAAUGACAGUGAGUCACAGACAUACUUCAAAUAAAAGGUUGUAAAAGCUAUUGUGAUAGCUUUUGAAUUGAUGAAAUUAUUUCAGUAGAAA